AUGCCCUCUCUCCCUGCCGGCAUCGAGCUCCCGCAGCUGUCUCCUUUGGAGAUAUGUGGUCUAGCAUUCACCCUCCUGGUGCUCCUGUACCUGCGGCGGCGGUCAAACCCAAUCCAUUCCAUCCCGACGGUUGGACCAUCUCUACCGAUCAUCUCCUACCUCGGCGCGUGGAGGUACCUCCGCAAUGCCAAGGCGCUGCUCCUGGAGGGCUGCUCAAAGUAUGAGAUUUUCAAGAUUCCGCUAACGGACCAGUGGCUCGUCGUCGUCAGCGGUCCCAAGAUGAACGACGAGCUCCGUAAGUUCCCGGAUGACAUCAUGUCCGCCUUGGAGGCGCACAAAUACGUAUUGCAGACCGAGUAUACCCUCGGUACCACUCACCCCGAUGCGACGGCGAAAAAGAUCAUCGGGGGCCCACUGACUCGCAAGCUGCCCCAGCUCAUGCCGGAGGUCUUCGACGAAGUCGUCGCCUCAUUUGAAGACAUCAUACCUAAAGCAGGGAAUGAAUGGGUUACUGUCCCAGCUCUCGAGACCAUGACCGACAUAAUCGGGCGCGUCACGAACAGGGCCUUUGUCGGGCUGCCGUUCUGCCGAGACGAGGUUCUCAUCAAGACAUUCACCGGCUUCGCGAAGGAUGUGAUGAAGACAAAGACUAUAUUGAGCAUGAUGCCCAACUUCCUGAAGCCGAUCGUCGGGCCUCGACUCCCGUGGACUUCAGCAGCGAGACGUCGGAUGGCCUCCAUCCUCGGCGCGACCGUCAUCGAACGUCGCAGGCAACUGCUCGAGUACGGGUUUGAUUACGAAGGCAAGCCCGACGACUAUCUGACGUGGUGCAUCGAGGAAGACCUCAAGUUCCGCGGGAAGGGCGAGUCGAUCGACGGUGUCAUGGAAGUCAUCUCCGCGUCCAACUUCGCAGCCAUCCACACUUCGAGUCAGUCGAUGACGCACGCUCUCUACUACCUCUGCGCGAUGCCGGAGUGUGUCGAGCCCCUGCGGAAGGAGGCAGAGGAGAUGAUCAAGCAACACGGCUGGACGAAGGCUGCGGUCGACGGGAUGUGGAAGGCGGAUAGCUUCUUCAAGGAGGCGCUCCGGCUGAACUCCGCUGCCCACCUGACGCUCUACCGCAAGGUCAUGAAACCGGUUGCGUUCUCGAAUGGGACCGUCAUCCCCGUCGGGACGAUGGUCGUCGCGACGACGACAGGGACACACCUCAGCGAGAAGCUGUACGAAGACGCGACAGAGUUCCGGCCGUUCCGCUUCUCGGACGUCCGUGCGAAGGGCGGGGACGACGCGCUCCGACAGCAGUUCCACACCUCGUCCCCGGACUACAUCCCCUUCGGGCACGGCAAACACGCAUGCUCGGGACGGUGGUUCGCUGCGGCGGAGGUGAAGGCUGUCAUGGCCUACAUCUUGCUGAACUACGACGUCAAGCUGCAUGAGGGCAGCGGUCGACCAGAGAACUUAUACGUGGGUCCUAGCAUCAUCGCCAACCCCUGGGCGAAGAUCAUGUUCAGAAGGCGUAAGAUGCCCUAUGCCUGA